CCAAAUACGGUCACACUCGACACAUAAACAAUACAAAUCGUUCGCAAUAUAGCUGACUUUGGUAAAUUAAAUGGAAAAUCAUAAGAUAGUAAGCAUAUUUGCCUUGGGCCCCGCACCGCCUGGAUACCGUAAACCGAACUCAUCCCUCUUCAUCCACCUGGAAUCCCAACUGUUGACGAUUUCCCGUCGCAUGAAAUAUACAGCCGCUAGGAUUGACCGCUUGCGGGGUGCUCACCGCAUAGAGACAUGCACCGCAAUGCGUGAGACCAUCAAGGAGCAAGUGAUGAAGGCGAUCAAUGAUCAGAUCCAGGCACGCGAUAUUGUGGCCAAAUACAGCCUUAAGCUUAAAGCGCUGCAGGAAGCCGAGAUCAUGAAGGUGGUUAAGCAUAUGCAAAGAAUAGAUAGAAUCUGCCAGGAGAAGUGCACUAAGCUGGCCCAUCUUAGAGGAAUCAUCACGGAGGAGCAUGAUCCCGCCAAGGUCCGCUGCCAUCAGAAGGAAAUCUAUGCCCUGGUGAAGGCGCAGGAAAAGUUCAAGGAUCUGCGCGACCGCUGGAAGCUUCGUCUGACGCAGAUGGAGGCCGCCAAAGUCAAGUCACUAAAGCCUCCCAGCAGUAGCAAGUCGGUGAAUGCAAGCAAGAAGAUUUCUAAACCAAAACCUAAGACAGAUGCGAAAUCUACUAAUGUCGUGACGAAAAAUACAAUAACGAAUGCUUCCACACCAAAGCCAAAGACUGUUACGGAAGCCACUCGUAAAGUCACUUCGGAAAACACCAAUAAAAAAAUUUCAUCGCCUAAGUCAAAGGCAAAUACUAAAUCCAUACCCAAAACCGUGACUUUGAAAUCAAAAGAUGAGAUUGACAGUAGAAAUAAUGACAAGAUACGCUGCAAAAGAUGUGAUUUUCUUCAACGUACGAAUAAAAAUAAAAAGAAUUGCCCCAAGGUUUGCACAGUAUGCUUGAAAUGGGCUCAUAAGGUGUUACAAGAUGGUGUAGAGAUACUUCCUAAUAGAAAUAUACCAAACAAUAAUACAACGACUCCAAAUUCAGCUGUGACAACGCCUGCGAAAGAAAACGUGCAUACAAAUACUGAGUCCACGAUUUCAGUGGAAAUCGAACCUGUAACGGACUUUAACAUGAUCCGGGAAAGUGUAACACAAAUGGAUGUACCUGAACCUUCUGUAGAAAUUGAGCCUCUCGAUGAAACCAUGAACGAUGAAAUUAUGUCUGAUGUCAUAAAGGAAGACGAGACUGAGAUCUUUGCCAAGACGGAAUCAAUAGACAUCGAGGAAAUCCCCUUGAUUCAGGAAGACAAGACGGAAAUCGUUGCCAAGACGGACUCAAUAGACUUCGAUGAAAUCCGAUUGAUUCAGGAUGGGUUGAAGGCCAUCGAUAAUAAGAAUACUGCUUUGGCACAUGUGAGAAUUCUGCAGGAAUAUGCCAUGUUAAAUUAUAACUUUCGGGCCAUCGGCCUUUUGUCUGAAGUUGAAGCCUCCAUAAUAAUUCCAGAAAAAACUCCAAAUUUUGAGGGCUAGCUGUGAUCUUAGUUGAUGAUAACUUGAUAACUGAUAAUUUUAAGGUUCUGAAUGGAAAUAGAUAAUAAGCUUUACUUUAAAAGCUAACGAAAUGAGCAGUUAAACUGAAUUAACUUUAACUAAGGUGAUCCUACUGAAGUCAUUUAUAAUUUGAUAAUUUGCUGGUUCUACAACAGUUAUUAAGCUUAUAUUGCCAAAU